UCCUGCACACACACACACACACACACACACACACACACACACACACACACACACACACACACACACACACACACACACACACACACACACACAAAAUCAGUCUGGUGUAUAAAAGGCGUCGCUGAUGAAGCAAGACAAUGCGCUCUUCCGCCAGCUCCUCACCCUUCACGACUCCAUCUCUGCACUCAAGAUCACCCCCGCCUACCCUCACAGACCGUCCUCACCCGCCUCCUUAGACUCCUUCACCGAGGAGGAGGAAGACGAAGAUGAUGAUGACGAGGAAGAGGAAGAUGAUCAGGUGGUGGUGGGCGUUGUGCAGAAGACAAGCGGACGGGAAGACAACCUCUCUGAUGUGGACGAAGGUCUGGAGAUCGAUCAUUCCACCAGCCACUCCAACAGCCCCACCUCCACUCUCUCCUCCAACUCCUCCAGGGACUCUCAGUUCUCUCGUUAUUCCUCCGAGACUGCUCACACUAGCCCGGACUGCAGCCCCACCCAGCCAUCCAGAACUACCCAACACACCUUCCAGAGAGCCACCAACAGUCCACAUGCCGCUCAUAAUGGCCAGCUGGACAACAGUGGCCCGGCCAACCUGGCCUUCAUGCGGUGUCGCAAGUCGUACGCUCCAAAUGCUCGAAAUCGGCGGCGAUCAUCGUCAGCGCAUCUUUUAGGAAGGCCGGAUACAGAGGUUCUCCACGGGCAGUCAGACUGUCAUCAAGCUACCACCCAGGACACACUCAGCCGCACUAGUACCAAGUCCACCAGUAUGAAGUUGUUCGAGGGUACUGCAGCCCAGAGUGAGCCUUCCCCCAGCAGUGGGAGCUACAUGUGGGGUGUAACACCAGCGGGCCGCCCACGGUCCAGCUCUGCCGUAGUGACAGCAGCAGAGUACUGCAGCAGCAGCAGGUCCCCAGCAGCAGUGGGACGACCUCUCGUCCACCCGGCGUACCGUGAGGCGCUUAUUAUGUAACGGUAUGACCACCACUACCACUAAAGCACCGGAAUUAGCCUACUCACCAUGUAGUUGUACUCGAGUGUGUCUAGUCUACUCACACUAAUGAAGCACCUACACCCACUCUUCUUAUAUGACUUAUAUCUCCUAUUAUUUAAUUAAGGUUUAUUACUUUAUCCUUUUCGAAUGGUUGAAAUAACCAAUUAAUAUUCUCUUUCAUUCUCCUCCUCUCUUUAUUUUGCUAUACCAGUAUUUGACAUGCUUACUAACGCAUUGUGUUCUGCUUCAUCCAUAUCCACCAACGCAUGUCUGGGCAACUAAUGCUAUAUACCAGCCUCUUGUAGUCACUCACCUAUGCUAAAAUAAAAAAAAUAUUUACAAAUACAAAGCCUUCAGAUUAUUUGGCCUAACAGUUGUUGCUAAGGUGCUGCAGUUGGCAAGAGCUAGUGUAAAUCUGGUCUUAGUUCCAGCUAUUAUUUUGGGGCGGCUUGCGUAUUGUGAUGGAGGUCUUUAGGUUUGAGUACAGUAUUUAAUUUAGUCGUCAGCCGGUGUACCAACGACCCGUUAAAAAAACAAAACUGGAAACUCGUAUAUUCUUAACACAUCCAAAAGUUAUAAUGUGAGUGUCUGUGAUAAGCAUGUGGUAGUGAUGAUACUCUUAAUACCUUGAUGCUGGUAAGGGGGUCUUGAUCCAAGAAAUUGGCCUUAUUUUCCCCUGAAUGCCUUCCAUUCCCCAUGAGCUAGAUUAUCAGUGGGGUUAGCACUCUCCCACGAUUAAUAUGGAUAAAAAUGCAGUGAUAAUAAUAAUAAUAUUGAUAAUUAUCAUUAAGUGCCUUAAUCCCUUGAAUUGAGCCUGAAUGCCUCCUAAGCACUGUAAGAAACCUACGAGUUUAGCACUUCACCCAUAAGUGAAGGGAAGGGAGCCAGUAUAUAUAAACAAGAUGGGACGGGGCCGGGAGUAGUAGUAGUAGUAGUAGAAGUGAAAGUAGUGCAACAGUGGCAGAAGUGGCAAUAUGAAGGGAGUAGUGGUAGGGAAACAAGUCAGUGGUGUUAACAAAUCAGUAGUAGUGAAGGUAGUCUAAGAACAGGAGGAAAAAAAUCACUGGAGAGUUAAUGGCCCAUGAGGGUAGGACAAAAGCCCAGGGGUAGGGGAACUGAUAAGACAGAUUCCCCCUUAGGCAGAAGAAAGGAAAGACAGAGGUGGGUUCUGUCCUAUGGGUCCCUCCCCCCUGGGUUUUUGUCUUACCCUCAUGGGUCAUUAACUCUCCCUCAGUGCCCCCUUUUUUCUCUCUUGUUCUUUGACUACUUCCACUAACAUUACAUUCUCUUAUUCUUGUUUCACUACCACUGCUACCUUUUUAUUGCCACCUCUGCCACUGUUGCACUACUACAAUUAUACUACCUCCUCCUUUUUUUACUACUACCAACCCUGCCCCCCCUCUCGAAUAUAUGUACUUGCUCCCAUUUCUUCUCAACUGUGUGACUAGUACUGUAAGUGGUUUAGUCGAACUGAAUCGUCAUAAGUGUCUGUCUCCUAUGUGCGAGUUUUUUGUGCAUUUUUCCAGUCAUGGUAUUGUGCCAUUUUAUUCUUUAAGCACAGUAUAAUUCAUCUUAAAUACAUAUUACAUAGUCUGAUGAAGUGGUUUGGACAUUUAGAGAGGAUGGAGAAAAAGAGGAUGAGUAAGGCAUAUGAAUCUGAGGUGUAGGGAAGAAGGGUAGGG